ACAGCCAGGUACGCCAAAGAUAAUCUCUGAGCUCGCUCAAGCCCUGCAUCGCACAGGUUCAGCAGUUUAGAAACGUUGACUCCAUCUCGCCAUCAAGCCUGCUGGUCACAGUAUGCGCUUGUAAUCGAUCGGAUCGGUCGUGCGACGGAGACAGCAAGGAGCAAAGAGUAAUCACCAGCGCUGGCGCAUUGCUUUUGCCAAUACACCCAAACAAGAUGCUGGUAUAGACUACGACGUCUUCCUUUCGGGCUGCCACGCCUCUCUGCCUCGAGCUACCCAACAUGUCUUCACCGCACACGAUGCAAGCUCCAAACAUUCAGCCACAGCCAAAGGGACGGCGAACACGCAGCCUUCGCUCUUGUCUCGCGUGUCGCAAAGCCAAGCAGCGCUGCGAGUUGCCGGAUUCCCCAGCCUGCAUCCCGAGCAAAGAGCCGCAGCCUGCAAACCUGGUCUGUCGAAGAUGCAAAGUGAUGCGCUUCGACUGCAUCGUCAGCGACCCGCUGCCCGAAAGCGUGACCAGCGGCAAAGCUGCGUCUCGAAAGCGAAAGCGCGCACAGCAGGACUCGCCAGCACAGGGACAGCAGCAACAGGCACCUCACCACAGUAGUGGAUCUCAAAGUCACUCGUCCAAAGCCUCCUCAUCCGUGUCUCUCUACAAUGGCUACGGGCCAUCUCCGCCCACGUCCCAUGCUCCCUUGGACGCAACUUCCAGCUCGAGCUCACGUCCAGGCUGUUCGCGCACUCCGGACGAGCGGUCACCAGAGCACGAGCAUGGGAGCGGUGCGCUAUCAUAUCGCAGCAUCGGUCAUUCGUCCAGCAUCCUGCAUCCGCUCACCUCUUUCGAGCGAUCUUGCAGCGAUCGCAGCUCUACAAAGCAUGGCGAGGUGAGAGAGCGUGAAUGUCGAAGCGCAGGGCUGGACUUCACUGGGAACGUGCCUCUUGACAACGUCUCUGGCGCUCCACCAUACAAACGUCGUCCACUGCCUAAUGCUGUUCCUACUGCGACGCCCGCAGGCAGCGAUAGCGCCCUUAGCACGACGACGAGUAGCACGGACCAUCAAACGAGCAGACCUCUGCAGCGUCUCAUCCACGAAUUACAAGUUUUUGAUCCUUCUCCGUCUUUUGGCAUACGCCAACCAGAUGCAGAUGUGCGAGCCAGCGACGAGGUCUUACAGCGCCGUGCGGGCUCUGAUCAGGCUUCGCGGGAGCCAGAGUGGAUGCAGCGCUUGAAGGUGGUCAUGCUGCCUUUUGUUCUCCUCGACAAGCUCUGCUCGGUCCAGUGUGACAAGCUGACGCUGGUGGAUGGCGACCUCGCCACGCCGCCGGACGAGAAUUUGGACACCAGCGUGGGCUCUUCCGACAUUGAGCCGUUCCUGGCGUUGCUUGAUCGUAUGUCGAUUGGUGGCCAGCAAGUCGCGGAGCUGGACGAGAGGCUCAAAGACCUCGUCGCGACCCUACCAUGGUUGCCCUCCAUCUCUACUCUGCUGAGCGCCGCUCGACGCUUCGACGGAAAAGUCUUGAAUCUGCUUGUCGCAUGCCUCUACUUUGCGGCUGGCAAAGCAGGAUGGUUGCGUUUCAAAGCUGCCCUUUUGCCCUGGCUUCGCAGAGGCUGCCUCGGCUGCUUGUUGCAGGCGCCUCAAGGACCGGAAGACGUAGCCUUCUUGCUCUACGUCGCUCUCUAUGAGCCGCUGCUGCUCAACAGCGCUUCGGGUGUCCGCUCGCUGGAUGGCAAAGGCUUUCUGGCGUCUGCCAGUGCGGCCGCUCGCAACUUGGGACUUGACAAAGCGCCAGCACGUUUAGCAGCGGCGCUACACGAGUUGCCGCCAGGUGCAGACCUCGCAUCGCUGGCCACGGUGCAGCAAGAAGCGGUGUUGUGGGUCUCGCUUAGCCUUCACGCCGUCACUCGCUCGAUGGCGGAGACGAUAGAUAGAGAACCUAUGGCUCGCUGCACCGAGGAAGACUGCGAGACAAUUGUCCAUCUCGCCGACCGACUUGGGCAGAAUCGCUCGCCUCAAGCUACUUGGAGAGCGAUCGGUCUGUACUUCUUGGCUGAGCACGCCAAGCUUGCCGAACAUGGCCGCCAGCUCGAUAGAAUCUCGUGCAAGGCCCUAAGUCGGAAGUUCAAGACCAGCGACGAAUUUCACCUCGAAGCUGAAAAGGUCGCCGAGGACUACGACACGUACCGAAUCAGAGUGGCGGAGCGGACGGCGAUUUUCUGGAGACGCUGCCGUGCUCUCGGCUUCGAGGACGAGAGUGUCGUCGAUUGGGUGAACAUCGAAUUCAUCUUUCUCAUGCUGCUGUGUGAGUAUGACGGUCGCAUCAAGAGAUGAAGCUGAACUCAUGCCUACGCUACAUUCGCAGGCAUGUGUCGACUGUCCGAGGCUGUCUUUGAUGUCUGCCGUCACUUUUGCGACAUUUCGGAAUCCGGCAUCUUUAUGGCAGCGUUGAUGAAAGACGGCCCUUUGGUGCGAGCAGCGGCGAUCACGACGGGCAGAAGAGCAGAAAUGACAAGGCACGCCCUCGUUUGCCUUUCGAACUUUCAUCAGCAGCAUUUUGUUUCGCGCAUAGGCAAGACCCACGCUAGAGGCCGUUCUCUCGCCACGUCGGUCUCGCCGAUCUACAUUUGUGCGAUGCUGGUUCAAGCUUCCAAGCAGUUGGCAGAAGAAGUUGCAGGUAAGUCGCGCUAUUGCCCAUUGCAAGCUCGCGCUCACGCAGUGCUG